AUGACUGGGCUCACUGCAUAUGCCGGGUUUAUGGAGGUCGGGAGGCCAAAGAGAGGCGAUUCUGUGUUCAUAUCUGCCGCAUCAGGUGCCGUCUGGCAGGUUGCUGGUAAGCUCGCCGAGAUAGCAGGUUGCUAUGUGGUCGGCAGCGCCGGCUCCGACGAGAAGGUCUGUUUCCUGAAGACCAAGUUCGGCUUUAACGACGCCUUCAACUACAAGUUGGAGACUGACCCUGCUGCCGCGCUCAAGCGGUGCCUCCCAGAUGGCAUCAACAUCUACUUUGACAACGUUGGUGGCGCGAUGCUGGAUGCCUCACUGCUGCACAUGCGCCAUGGCGGCAGGGUCGCCGUCUGUGGAAUGAUCUUGCAGUACAACCUACAGGAGCCAGACGGCUUGCGCAACAUGUUCUGCAUCAUCCCCAAGGCUGUCCGGGUGGAAGGGUUCAACGUCGGUGGCUACUUCCACAUGUACUCAAGGUUCGAGGAGGAGAUGGUCGGGUACAUCAUGGAGGGGAAAGUCACCAUCGUGAGGACGUCGUUGAGGGGAUUGAGAGUGCGCCGGCGGCUCUAG